UUUGCAUAUAUGUAUGUGUGGGGUGUGCAUAUGUGUAUAGGUGUGUAUGUAUGUAUGCAUAUGUAUUUGUAUGGGUGUGUAUAUGUAAGUAUGUGUGUGUGUGUUUGUAUAUGUGUAUGUGUUUGUGUGUAU